AUGUCAGACGAAUACGAAAGUGUACUUUUAGUAAUUCGUGAAUGUUAUGUAUAUCAAAUCCCACCGAGAACAUCUAGUCGAGAAUACAAAGCGUCAGAAUGGGGUGAUAUGGAAGCUUUUUUAUGGAAAGGUCGUUUAAGAGUUAUUUCAGUAGGGGAAAAGUGUAUUAUUAAAUUAGAAGAUGGGACCACAGGAGAAUUAUUCGCACAAUGUAUAUAUGAUCCCGAUACUAAUACAGUUGAACCUGUACGCGAUUCAAGUAGAUAUUUUGUGUUACGUGUAGAAGAUAAUGGACGACAUGCAUUUGUAGGCAUGGGAUUUCAAGAACGUUCUGAAGCACAUCUUAAAAUAGAAAAGGAGGUUGCUGACGCUAAGAAUGCUUCACCAGAACCAAAGAAGGAUUAUAGUUUAAAGGAAGGGCAAACGAUUAGCAUAAAAAUUGGCAAUCAUAAAACGCGGAAUAUACAUCAUAAGUCAAACCAUUCUAAAAGCGUAGACGAAAAUAUAACAGCUGUUCCUCUUUUACCGCCUCCACCUUCUGCUGCCUUUAUUAGAAAAAAACAAAAUAGUCGAAGGCCUCCCUCGCCAAAUGAUUUUAGUGAUUUCAGUGAUUUUACUGAUUCAACUAAUUCAGAAACACUUUGA